AUGGCCAAACAGUUGUCGAUGGUCUCGCGAAGCGGCUCGGACAACCAACGCUACGGAUCAAAAGGCGAGAGAUUGGUUGCCGGUAUUGUCCCUUUGUCCUCAGACAAAAGCAGAGUACUUCUCAUUCAGUCCACCCGACGGAGUGGUUGGGUUCUACCAAAAGGCGGAUGGGAACUUGAUGAACCUACAGCAUCAGCAGCUGCUUGUCGGGAAGCUUGGGAAGAAGCUGGGAUCCUUUGCAAGGUUGAAAGAGACCUGGGCCACAUCCUGGAUACGAGACCCACCGGGGCACUGUCCAAGAACGCACCAAAAGCCAGUUAUCACUUUUUCGAAGCGACGGUUACCGAAGAACGAUCAGAAUGGCCAGAGAAACACAAGAGGACUAGACAAUGGUAUGCCUAUUCACAGGCAGUCCAGCUCCUGCACUCAAGGCCUGAGCUGCUGGAAGCCCUCAGGAGAAGUUCGGUCAAAAAGUGA